UGAGAGAUUAUCAUUCGACUCGAUUCAGUUGUGUGCUGUAGUUGGUUACCGAAGUUCGUGGAUUCAUCUGGUACACAAACAAUAUGUCGAGCACGACGCGUGACAGUAUACGACAUCAGUACGAGCAAGAUGGGUACGUGGUGUUGGAGGAUUUUCUUCGUGGUCCUGAGUGCGAUGAAUUGGUCGAAGCUGGACUCGAGUUAACAAAGCAAGCAGCUGAAAUGGACCCGAAACCAGUAUUCUCCACAGUCGAUCCAGAGAUAGCGCAACACAAAGAUGCUUACUUUAUGGAAAGCAAUGACAAUAUCAGUUAUUUUUUCGAAGCAGACGCCGUAGACUCGGACGGCAAACUGAAAGUGGACCCCAGCAUUUCACUAAACAAGGUUGGACACGCACUGCAUCUUCAGCACCCGAUAUUCAGAUGUUACACGUACAGUGAACGUGUAAAGAGAGUUUGCAGGGAGCUUGGUUUGGUAGACCCUGCCGUGGUGCAGAGCAUGUAUAUUUAUAAGAACCCAGGCAUUGGCGGUGAAGUGAUACCACACCAAGACAUAACGUAUCUUCACACGGAACCGAUUCCACCAGUCGGUUUCUGGAUUGCACUUCAAGAUGUGACCGUACAGAAUGGCUGCUUAUGGAUUUCUCCUGGUUCACAUAAAUCCGGUAUACACCGACGUCUCAUCCGUAACCCGGAUAAGGAUUCCAAACAAGCUUUAAUCUAUGACAGACCAGCACCAGUGUAUCCACAAUCAAGUUUCACAGCUGUACCUGUUCCAAAAGGUACUUGCAUCUUGUUACAUGGUAACGUUGUACACAAAAGUGCUCAAAAUAAAUCGGACAAGAGUCGUCACGCGUACACCUUCCAUGCAAUAGAAAAGCACCAGAACACAUACUCUCCAGAUAAUUGGUUACAAGAAGGUCCAAAUGCACCCUUUGUUAAUAUAUACACGACAUCUCAACUAAUGUAAUAUGAAUAGUAUGGAUUAAAUAAAAUAUCAAAUAUUGGAAUUUAUGUUCAUAUUCAACUGUUUAAUGUAAUUUCAAUUCCAAAUAUUAUUUACGAAAUAUCUAGCAAUAAGAUUGAACCUCAAAAUAUAGGCUAAUUAAUUUUAUUAUAAUUUACCGGACGUGCAAAAAUUUACAUUAAAUUCCAGUUUAUUAUAACAAAGAGAAUUAUAAUUACAAAGCCCAAUGAACUAGGAAUAUUUAUUACCAAAUGUAUUAUUUCAAUUUAACCUAUGAUUGAAGUUGAUUUGCAAUUAUAUUUUUGAAAUAUAUUAUGAAUACAGGUUUUAAUAAAAAUUAUAUGAAAUGAUAAUUUAAUGAUGUUAAAUAUUAUUUUUUUAUUAAUAUUUAUGCGAAGAAUCUCUUUGUCUAAUUGUCAUGUGAUAUGCAAUUA